AUGGAAAUUUUCAAGAAACUGAAGAUUAACAUACCUUUCUCUAAGGCACUACAGCAAAUGCCUUCAUAUGCUAAAUUUUUUAAGGAACUUCUCACGAAAAAGAGGAAAUACAUUGAAGAAGAAACUAUUGAAGUGCAAGGGAAUUUUAGUGCUAUCAUACAAAAAAUCCUACCUCCUAAGUUUAAAGAUCUAGGAAGUUUCACCAUCCCAUGUACUAUUGGGAAGUUAGCUGUUGGAAGGGCUUUAAUUGAUUUGGGAGCUAGCAUUAACUUAAUGCCGCUUUCCAUGUUUAAAAUGAUUGAAGGUUUGGAACUGAAGCCUACUCGGAUGAAUCUCCAACUAGGGGAUAGAUCUCUGAAAUAUCCUUAUGGGGUUAGUUGA